CUCUUUAUAUAUCUUCAUUUCAAAAAAAAAAAUAAUGGAUAAACGUCGACCAGAAUUAUCGAACCAAGAAUUAAAUCGCAUACUACAUAUGGAAUGUGGAUGGAAAGUUCAUAAAAUUGAUCGCCUAGAUUCUUUUGAAGACAGCAAUUUCGUGGUUAAAUACGAGAACUUACGCGGGUCAUAUUUAAAAGAAAAAAUGCAAGCAAUAGUUAAAAUUUCUCACCGCCGUAAUUUUUGCCAACAAAAAGCAGAGAAGGAAAGGAAAGUUAUGGAACAUCUGAAAACUGAUGGAUUUAUCUGCACAGUAUGCCUACCAUUUCCUGACGAUAAAUGGUUUUAUGCAACAGAUAGUGGACAGUUUGUAAUUCGACUUUUUUCAUUUAUUCCGGGAAUACCUUUGAAGAACUGUUUACAUAAGAUUGACAGUAUAUGUAUGGUCAAAGAAUUGGGAAGCUUUACAGGAAAACUUCAUGAUUCCUUAAAAAAAAUAACGAAGGAUAUUGUUCUUGAAUCUCGACCAAACGACCCUUGGAUUUUAGAAAAUUCUUCAUGUCUACGAAAUUUAUUACCUGGCAUCAAACAUAAUACUACCGAAGAAAGAGAAAAUUUGAUUCUGAAAAUACUUCAGAAAUUUGAAGACAAUGUGAUGCCAUUGUUUAAAGAACUGCAGAAAGGCAUUAUUCAUAAUGAUAUUCAUGAUCUCAAUAUCAUUGUAAAUUACAAAGAUGGAAAUUUACAUCCCCUUUAUAUCGAUGCGGAAAAUACCUACAAGGAAAUCAAGUUCGGACUAAUAGACUUCAAUGACAUAGCAUAUUCUCCUUAUUUAUUUGAGGUUGCUAUGGUAAUAAGGGACUUAAUGGUUGAUGUCGAAGAUGUUGACAGUAUUGAUAUUGGAGGACACUUUCUGAAUGGGUAUAAAGAAUUCUGCUUUAUAUCCGAUAAAGAUUUACAAUUAUUACCAUAUUGCAUUCUUGUUGGCUUGUGCCAAUAUAUUGUUGUUGGAGAAAGUGAAUUCCAGAAUCAGCCAGAUAAUGAAUAUACUCGACUAGGUGCUGAUAACGCAUGGAUAAUGCUACAAAAACUUCAAAAUGUCACAGAAGAAGAAAUGACGAGAAUCUGGAACAGAAUUAUGAAAUCCUGACAUUU